AUGCAUUUAACAGAUUUGUUGUCAAACAAAUUCCCAGAAGAAACAUUGGAAAGUUUAUCCUCUGACAUCCUCGGCGAAAGGCUUAUAAAGUUUUAUCAAGAGAUGAAAAAAACACCGACACAGCAUUACAGUCCUUCGGCGCAUUUGUCUAUUCGUGCUGCACUAGAUAGACAUCUUUCUGCAUUGCCAGAGUUUAACAGCAUUUCAGUCAUCCGAGACCACAAGUUCAAAGCUGCAAACAAGUCACUCAAUGCGAAGCUAAAACUGAUAAAAGCGCAGGGACAGGGUAAAGUUCGUCAUCACCCGUCUAUUUCGGCCGAAGAUAUCAAAAAGUGCUACGAAACCAAAGUGUUUAGAGAUGAAUCGCCAUUAUUAUAA